AUGUUGGAUUCUUCAUUCAUCAUGGAGCUAAAUAAUGUUGAUUCACCCGUUCAAGUAAGAAUAAAUGUACGGUGUAAAUCCUCUCUGUUUGGAACUUCUGAAUUUAUUUAUUCAUCAGUACUGAAUGAGUCUGCCUUGUUUAUGCAGCAACCAGAGGAGGAAGACAGACUCAGCGCGCUGACUGAUGAUAUUUUGCUGUCUAUCAUAACCAGAAUCGACCUAAUUACAGCUGCAAGGACAAGUGUGCUCUCAACACGAUGGAGACUUCUCCCUUGGUUGCUGCCUGAGCUCAACAUUGAUGUCAAGGAUUUCCUGCCUGUUCCUCACCCGGACCCAAUCGAUGCAAAUGACAUGCAUGACGCGAUGGUGACCCUAACCAAAGCAGUCAGGAGCUUCUUUGAUAAGCCUCGGAGAGAAUCAACCCUCACAAACCUGCAGCUCAAGAUCUACUCGAUCACCACCUUCUCAAGCGACAUCGGCCCGCUAGUGUGCGGCGCGAUUGACAGCGGCUUACUGAAAGAUUUGGACCUUGCGAUCCUCGAUGAGACGAAGCCGCGCGACUGUGAUGAUCCUCAUAUGCUACGGCUUGCCAACGACACGGAUCAUUUCUUCAAUGCCUACCCUAGUGUGUUCCAUUGCCUCACAAGGCUUUCUCUCCACAAUGUGUGCUUUUACAAGUUGGACAUGCACCAUCUCCUGUUUGACCGUUGCACACAAUUGAAGUAUCUAAGACUCUUUCAUUGUGACGCUGGUCGUGGCUUUCUGUCGAAGAUAGAUGCACCAAACUCAGAACUCCGUGUUCUGGACCUCGACACGUGUUGCUUUGGGAGGCUUGAGCUGGUCUGCCUUCCGAAACUGGAGAAACUUCAUUGGGAUACUUGGGAAUCUGAAGACGCGCCCUUGUCUUUUGAUUCUGUUCCCUCUCUCCGCGAAUUACACCUUGCAAAUGGGCCCGAACUUCAUCAGAAUGUGAUUAAAUUAAGUGAACUUCUACGUGGCACCAUGGGCAUACAUACUCUAACACUGGAUUUUAUGGGAGAAAAUCUUUGGAUGCAACCUGAAAUGAAGGAACUCAGCUCUGCAUUCAGCAAGCUAAGGAUGCUGUCCAUACUAGGUAUCUUUAUUGAAUUCGACCUUAUAUGGACGACAGCCCUUCUUGAGGCAGCCCCCUCUGUUGAAAUAUUACAAAUUCAGGUAUACGACCAUUUAUGCGAUAUCGAUGGCCAGGUCAGACUGCGGUCCUUCCCUGAAAGAAGGAGCCCUCAGUGGGAGAUGGACUGCCGCGGCUCCAAGAACCUUCUACUGAGAGAGCUCCAAAUUAUUUGGUUUAAGCCGCUAAAGCAGCAGCUGGCAUUCACAAGGGCUAUGCUGGAGCGAGCACCCAAUUUGCAGAAAAUAAUUUUGAGAGAUGAGUCAUGUGAGGCAUGUGAUGACCUUGGGCAGCCGCCGCCUUGUUCUUGUGCAGAGCGUCUUUUUCCAGAGAGCAAGGAUGAGCAGGAAAGGGUGGUCAGGCGAAUUACAGAUGGUGCGAUCUUCUCAGGCCAAGUAAUUUUUGAGGAUCGUAAGAAGCUGUAG